AUGGCGAUGAAUAAAUCACUCCCGCGAUUCGAAGACCUGCCUGUCAAUAAGAAUGAUCCUCCAUUUUCUGCUUGGGGUCUUUGGAAGAAUCCAGAGCUCGGUGCACUCAACUACCUGACAGAUGAAGUCGUCUUGAAAGCUGCGAAAGAGGAGAUCCAGACCGGAAUUCGUGUGGGAUUGAACUUGCCUCUUGAUUUCAUCAAGCCUUCUUUGCUUGGUCGAGUUGGCUUUGAACACAAGAUGAUAAAUAAAGCACCUAGAAUUGUAAACGACGAUAUUAUUACUUUCAACACUCAGGGAAGCGCGCAAUGGGAUAGCUUUCGACACUUCGCUUACCAGGCGGAGAAGAAGUUUUACAACGGAGUAACUCAAGAUGACAUAUACGCCGAGGCUGAAACGACGAUAAAUGGUAUAAAUGCCUGGGCUGAUCGAGGAAUAGCUGGACGAGGAGUUCUUAUCGACUAUUUUUCAUGGGCACAGGAACAAGGCAUCACAUAUGAUCCUACAAAGACGCAUCCAAUCACACUAAAGGAGAUCAAAAGGAUCAUCAAUGAAAAGCGUAUCACCUUACGAACUGGAGAUAUAUUCCUAAUUCGCACAGGAUACGUUUCUGGUUACGGAGCAAUGAAUUCAGAAGCGAAAGAAGCACACAAGUCCGAACAUAGCUGGCCAGGAUUUGCUCAAUCUGAGGAAUCCGUUAAAUGGCUUUGGGAAAAUCAAUUCGCCGCAGUUGGUGCCGAUAAUCCAGCUUUUGAUUGUGUGCCUCCGGUGGACCCCAAGUAUUUCUUGCAUCCUAUUCUUCUGGCUGGAUGGGGUACACCCAUUGGGGAACUAUUCGACCUCGAGCUUCUGGCACAAACUUGCAAUCAAUUGGGUCGCUGGACAUUCUUUCUGUCUUCUGCACCCCUGAAUUAUACUGGCGGAGUAGCCUCACCACCGAAUAUACUCGCCUUCUUCUGA